AGAGAGAGAGAGAGAGAGAGAGAAAAUACAAGAAGAAGGAGAGUAGAACCACUCUGGUGCUAUCUCCCAUCGCGAUAACAAAAAGGUGCUGGCGCUUAAAGCUACCUGGAAGGCUAUUGAGAAGAUGUGCACUGUUUGACACAGGAUCCAGAACGAUGUUGACCUUACCGUUUGAUGAGACAGCAAUGAGGCCAGGGACCGGGACCCAGUUUGGGGCCAACUUCCCUCUAGACUGCGUGCGCGAGAUCAAGGUCAGUAAACAAGAACCUUUCCUAAAAGCAGCCGAGACCGUCUCCAUCUCCCAGACCCACAUCAAAACCACGGAGGAUGAGUUAGACUCGGAGAGGGAUGAGGACGAGAGAGAGGAGCUAGGCCAAGAAGACGAGGACGUGGACGGUUUACCAGGAAGGAGGAGAGGCCCACGUAAAAAGAAGAUGACCAAGGGGCGCGUGGACAGGGUGAAGAUUCGGCGCCAGGAGGCCAACGCGCGCGAGCGGAGCAGGAUGCACGGGCUGAACGACGCGCUGGACUGCCUGCGCAAAGUCGUGCCCUGCUAUUCCAAGACGCAGAAGCUGUCCAAGAUUGAGACUCUCCGACUGGCCAAGAACUACAUCUGGGCGCUAUCGGAGAUCCUCAGCACCGGCAAGAGACCCGACCUAUUGGCAUUUGUCCAGGCGCUCUGCAAGGGACUGUCUCAGCCAACCACCAAUUUAGUGGCGGGCUGUCUCCAGCUCAAUGCUAGAAAUGUCAUCACGGACCACAACGGAGAGCCAUCUUUCACUGGCAGGUCCCCAUUCGACGCUAUGUACCCUGCGCCUUAUCACAGUUCCACCGAGGCUGUAGCGUCUUCAGGCCACGGCAGCAGUGCCAUGGACAGCGCCAAACCUUUCAGACCAUUUAGCUCCUACUGCAGUGCCUACGAGUCCUUCUACGAGAGCACGUCCCCAGAAUGUUCGAGCCCUCAAUUCGACAGUGGUGCUCUGAGCCCUCCAAUCAACUUUAACGGGAUAUUCUCCCUAAAGCACGAGGAGCCAGCGGACUAUGGAAAGAGCUGUCAUUACGGUAUGCGGUACUGCGCGGCGGUGGCGGGUCGCAACUCCCUUGGUCAGAACUCAAUGUCACGGGGGUCCUCUGACAUCCGGGACAUCCAUGUACCCUAUGACAUCCACCUCCGCAGCCAGUUCUACCCAAUGCAGGAGGAACUAAACACGCCCUUUCAUAAUUGAUAAGAGAAAAGUCAAAUGUGACCAGUUUAUAGCGGAGUAGCCUAAUUAGGCUAAAAUACAGAACCCACACAUGUAUUAUUGACAACUUGGCCCAUUUUGGUCACUUCCCACUGGGCACACACUGGUUGAAUCAACGUUGUUUCCAUGUCAUUUCAACGAAAUUACGUUGAACCAACGUGGAUUAGAAGUUGAAUUGACGUCUGUGCCCAGAGGGUUGGUUGUGGUGUGGGCCAUCUGAUGUAUAGUCACUUAUUCAUUGUAAUUGAAUGUUAAUUGUCCUGAGGGUAAAUACGUUUUGUAGUGGGAUCAUUUUAGAGAAAACACACCAUGCAGGCAACGGAAACAAACAGAGAUCUGGGAGAUUGUCAAAUAGCGUUCAGUUAAUACCAAAGGGUAAUGUGACAUGGUGGAGUUCGGCCUAGUGAUGCAACGUCUUAAAUAAGACAGCAAUAAAAGGCGAAGAGAACUACAGUAUGCAAUAAAGAACUCCAUGCAGUCUGAGACAACUCUAUUAUUACCCACUAAACGUGCAGGUCAGUAGGGCACCAGUCAACUGGAACAAAUUAGCUAUUAGAAGACGCUUCAGACAAUUCCUAUACGUUUUCAUUGCCUCAAGUGUUGCAGAAGUUGUUCCAAGCCAGGCUUGUAUUUAUUUGUAAGUUAUUUAAUAUGGAUUUAUUUAUCUAGAUAUCAUUUGUCUAUGGAUGGUAGACAUAUGUAAAUAAAUGUUCACAUAUUGUGUGUUUUCUACAGUGUCAAACUUUGUGUUAAUUAUCAAGUGAAAUAUGAAUCGAAGAAUGUACAGUUAUCCUAUUUAUAAAAUAUGAAAUACACCUGUCACUGAAUAGAUGUUUAAAAGGGGGAACAUAACCCUUUGUAUUUAUAACAUGUUUAAAUUCAUCUGAAAAUGACAUUGGAAUGAAUCUCGUUAUUCAGGUUAUAGCCUAUCUCGUUGUUCAAGUUAUAGCCUAUGCCUUGUGACAAAUUAAUCAAUAUAGGCCUACACACAUUUCUGAUAUUGGAACUUUCUUAUUUCUUGCAACAAAUCAAUGCACAUUUUUGUAUAUAGUGGGCACAUUCGAUUUGGUACGGAGGACUAUUGUUUACAUGUUAAUAUUUUGUCUAUUCAUAUGCAACCAUGGAGAGAAUUUUAGGCUACUUUAUUUCCUAAAUUCUCAUCUUAGAAAUAUUGGCCUAUAGUCAUAAAGCUGAUUUUAGCUCUUUAGAAAUGGAAUACUUUUAUAACAAUAAUGUUAGGCAAAUUAUUAACAUCUCUUUAUGGAAAAUUCUCACGUAAUAAUUUCGUUUAUAUGAAUAGGCUGUCUUGCCUUAAUUUGAAAUGUAUAUUUGGCACACACCAAUUAUGUAAUUAUUGUAUUAUUCAAUGAAGUGUUCGUGGGGGUAUAGUGCGCUUCUGUUUUUCUCCCUUCUUUCAAAUUUGUAUCUGGUAAUGGGAUUGUUUUAUAAACAACAUAACGUUGAAUAAAAUGGAAUUAAAGUCUA